AAAAUGGCGACUGUCAUUCACAACCCCCUGAAAGCGCAAGAUCUUCCAAGACUGCCUCAUCUUGUCUAAAAAGAUCAAAGAACCAUCAUUCAUUCAAAGAAGCGAGAAGAUAACUUUGUGCUCCGCAACACCUUUAAGCCUAUGGCUUUUCUCCAAAGGAGACUUGGGGACCAGUUCUACAAAGAAGCAAUUGAGCACUGUCGCAGCUACAACUCCCGGCUGUGUGCUGAACGGAGUGUUCGCCUUCCCUUCCUGGACUCACAGACUGGAGUUGCUCAGAACAACUGCUACAUCUGGAUGGAGAAGCGGCACAGGGGACCAGGCCUGGCCCCAGGUCAGCUGUACACAUACCCGGCACGUUGCUGGCGCAAAAAGAGGCGUUUGCAUCCUCCUGAGGAUUCCAGGCUGAAGCUGCUGGAAAUUAAACCUGAAGUUGAUCUGCCUCUGAAAAAAGAUGGCUUCACAUCAGAAAGUACAACACUGGAAGCCUUGCUGCGUGGAGAGGGAAUAGAGAAAAAGAUGGACACUAAAGAGGAAGACCCUAUACAAGAAAUCCAGAGGGUUUUAGAAAACGAUGAAAACGCAGAUGAAGUGAAUGAAGAAGAGGAUUUGGAAGAAGAUAUUCCAAAACGAAAGAACAGGCCAAGAGGACGGCCAAAGACCCCCACCUGGAAAAAAAUUUUCCAGAAAAAUGCUCGGGGAUCUGGAGGUGGCAGGAGACGAAAUGAUGCUGCCUCCCAGGAUGAUCAUGACAAACCCUAUGUUUGUGACAUCUGUGGCAAGCGUUACAAGAACAGGCCUGGACUGAGUUACCACUAUGCUCAUACUCAUCUUGCCAGUGAAGAGGGUGAUGAAGCCCGGGAGCAGGAGACCCGCUCUUCUCCUGUCCACAGAAAUGAAAACCACAAACCCCAGAAAGGACCAGAUGGGGUCAUCAUUCCCAAUAACUACUGUGACUUCUGCCUUGGAGGCUCCAAUAUGAACAAAAAAAGUGGCCGGCCUGAGGAACUUGUGUCGUGCUCAGACUGUGGGCGCUCUGGACACCCGACCUGCCUGCAGUUCACCACAAACAUGACUGAGGCUGUUAAAACCUAUCAGUGGCAGUGCAUUGAGUGCAAAUCCUGCAGCCUUUGUGGCACCUCUGAGAACGAUGACCAGCUGCUCUUCUGUGAUGACUGUGACCGUGGCUAUCACAUGUAUUGCUUGAAUCCACCAGUCUUUGAGCCCCCCGAAGGGAGCUGGAGUUGUCAUUUGUGCCGGGAGCUGCUCAGAGAGAGAGCAUCAGCUUUUGGCUUCCAGGCCUGAGGAGCUCCAGCAAUCAAGAAACACUUUGCUCCUGUUGUUGGCAUACCAGCACACAAUUCCCAUCCAGAACACAAAGACACAACCCACAUCACAAUGAAUGGACACUCAAGUACAGGAAGAGGUAUCUGUGGUAUUCACUGUCACUGAUGCAGAACCUCCUGGGCUCUACUAGAAGGAUCACGUACUUUCCUGAUGCUCCGGAUGAAAUCUCUUCACUGCUAUGCAUGGUUGCUGCUUACCAUUAUGGGCUCACAUGGAUUAUAGGAGGGGGAGGGUUGUUAUAUUGAUAUGAAGAAGUCAAUUUUGUGUGGCUUUGUGCUUUCUGUUUAGUUUUCUUCUGAAGGAGAAAUCGUAAGAAAUCUCCCAAGGAUUUGUUGGUCAGUGCUUUGGUGGGAAGCAGCACCAGUUGUUACUGCACAAAGCUUGCCUGGAAGUCCCUUUACUGCAACUGCUCUGUAUUCUUAGGGUGGCUUUGCGUUGCAUUAGUUCAAUACUUCCCAUGUUGUGAAUGAUGUGUUGCCACCAAGAGAAGCACCGAUGAGAACUGGGGGAGCGACACUUUCUCUCUUGGAGCAAAUGCUUUGAGUUGGCAGGUCUUCAGACAUCUGGUUUCAGUGUUUCUGAAGGAAGAGCAGUGCCAGUAUGAACAUACAUAGACGCUUAAAUGCUGAGUUUGGUAUUUUUGGAUAUUCAGGCACACCAUCCCACUCUGGUGCUAUCAUGCAGUUCAAAUGCAUCGUUUUAUUUUUACUGAAAAAAAAUUGUGAGUGGUUCUGCAUGUAACUGAUUUGCUGUUCGGCUCAGAAAACUGAACGAAAGAAAACUGUCAUUUUAAGUUGGUCAUAGAAAAUAGAGGUUCCAGUUUUCUAAGCAAUCUAAAGAAAGCCGAAAAUAGGAACAUUGGUAUAGGUCACAUGAAGCACUUUUGAUGAUUUUUUUUUUUUCUGAUUUCUAAAUGAAAAUAUUCUGCAAUUGAAAGCUGAAAUUUUAUUUUGGGAAUUGCCUAAUCAGAACUUCCACAUUUCCAGAGCUAUACUGUUUUGUUUUUUUUUUUUAAAAUCAAAAUAGUUAUCAAGAGUUGUUGAAUUUUCAAAUCAUUUUGCCCCCAAAAUCUCUAUAACUGCAUUUUUGGCAGAAGCCUUAUCAAGCUCCCAUGAAAGGAAUCAUUUACUUGAACCUAAUAUCAAAAGAAAGAUUUCAUAGUUAUUUUAAAAUUUAAAUAGGAAUAGCUGUACUUUGUGCAAACAAACCUCUGCAUGCGAAAUGGAGAAGUGUUAAGCGAGAGCAUCAAUUGAAAAAGUAUUUUCACAGUUGAGUCCCUGUGAUUAACUUAAGACAUCGCCAGGAGGACAAGUGAGUACAUUAAAACAUUUUUAUCCGAUGCAUCUUUUAAGGUUAAAAACAUGCAACUCCCCAAACAGCCAAGUAGCCCAGAAUGACCAUUUUUGUGGGUGUGAUUUACAUUUCUAUCUAUGCAUAGCUUAAAGAGGGAUUAAGAUACGCAUUUAUGAGAGUCCCAAGCAACACGUGAUUUGAGUUGCCUGUACAAGUAGGUAAGAGCACUGAAGGUUAUAUUUGGGAUAUUUAUUCUGGUUGAAACUUUUCUGCAAAAUGAAAUGUCCCUGAAAGGACACUGUGAAAAAGUAGCAGUGAACUAAUUUUUCUUUUUUUCUCCUGCUAAUUACACUUAGUUAGAAUGAACUAUACUGACCUAAUGCACUUUUCCUCGUUAUUUAGAUAGUUUGUUCACCUUUAGUGUUUUGUUCAGCUUGCAGUAGUUGUGCCAGCUGUUGGAUUCUCCCACGUGGCUCUCACGACAUUGUCUCAGACUGCAGUGGGAGUACUUUAACCUGUUAGAAAAGGGGUUUAGGAAGUGUUUAUCCUAGUCGUAUUGGACCAAAUUCCUCCAGGAGUAGCCACAGUGGCUACCCGUGACAUUCAUUCAAUACAUUAACUUUCUGUGUGACACUCUUGGGUGAGCCAAGAGUAUAAAGAUAUUUGAGCAUCAGAUGUAGGACCUGUCUGCAUGAGGUGUCUGGUGCCUGUCUGGACAAAGCUGUAAAAUAAAUGUCAAAUGAA